UUUAGAACACGCGUGAUUUGCCACUCGAGUUCAGCCAAUUGAAUUCUCUCAGCGCGCUAGCCAGUCGAUUCUCUGCAGCUGCGUCUACUACGCAACCACCUUGUCUAUUAGUCUACACAUCUUGUAUAUACUAUUAACUGAAAGAGCUAAUAGUUCUGCUUGUGCAAUAAGUAUAGUAAACCUGUUUAGCAUUGGGUACUGCAAUGCAAUUGUCUGAAUCUCCUAGUCGACCAGAGCAGCAGGCGCUGCCAUUACGCAAUCAACCGCAACCCCAAUAUCGGCAAUCGCCGCCACCUGAUUCGAUGCCAUUGCAAGUGGGUUCUAUGCCGCAACAGCAGCAACAGGCUCAACAGCAGCAGCAAUACAAUCAGUAUUAUUCCCAGCAGCAGCAGCAUUAUCAGAACCAACAGGCUCAUCAAUCUGGUACACCACAAAUGCAGCAGCAUUACCAAGGUCAGCCUGGUGCACCACAAAUGCAACAACAUCCCAGUCCCAACAUGAACAGACAGCGCAUACCUCCGCCCUCGUCUACUCAAUACAGACCUAUUCCCCAUGUUGCUCAUGGUUAUGCACCAUACCAGCCUUCUAACCCUGUCAUGCAAGGUGGUGGUGCUGGUGGUCCUCGUCCUCCUUUUAACCCUCCUGGCCAACAUCAACACAAUGUUAAUUAUCAGCCACCCCAAGGAUAUGGAUAUGCACCUCAGCAGCUUCGUCUAAAUCCUGGACAGAUGGGUUAUCCUAAUGCUCAGGGAAUGCAAUCACCCGCUGCCAACAAUGGCUUACAGGACUGGGACGAUGCCGCUUCCGAAUCUACUGGCACUUUCUAUGAAGAUACUCCAGAAACCCGUGCUGGUCCUGCCGCUUCUGGCAUAUUGGGUCCCAAUCAGCCUCGGGUUGCCGCUCAAAAGCCAUAUCCUCUUCAACAGUCUGAACAAGAUGGAUCCACUCCCCCUGUUUCUAAUCCCAAUGUUCCAGCCCGCUCAUACGCGCUGGGCGAUGAUGCUGGUAUUCGCACUAACACUGGUAACACAAAGUUUCUAAUUGCAGUACUUUCUGAAUGGUGGAUCUUUUCCCUUAUUUUCAUUGUGGGCGGCACAUACCUGUUCCACUUUAAGAUGCCUCAGGAUUAUGUAGAUAAUGUGCUCUGGAACUACUCUUGCUACUGGAAGAUUGGAUGGAUUUUGCCUUUUCCAUACACCAUUAUUUGCUUUUUUGGACUGAUUCUUCCGUUUCGUACCCCAAAGUUUCUCUAUAGCGACUCGCUACCCAAGCGCAGGGUCGAUAAUCUUUACAUUUUAACUGUCACCAAAGGUGACAAUCGUGAGGCCGUAUAUCGUUCAUGGAACGCUCAUAAACAUCUCGAGCGUUUACAUCCAUGUGUGCGUGUUCAUGUCCUCACUGAUGAACCCUACUUUUUUGAAAAUAUCAAUUGCUACACCUGUCCUAAGCUUUUCCGCACUAAAAGCUCAAAAUACAAGGCUCGUGCUUUGGAAUGGUAUCGCCAGACUAUGCGCUUCACUGAACACGACUGGGUUUUGCAUUUGGACGAAGAGUCUGUUGUUGACGACGAGACUAUCAAAACUAUUCUCGAGUUUAUCUGGUAUGAACACGAUUAUCACUGGGGCCAGGGCAUCAUCCUGUACAACCAGUACAAGUACUGGUCCAAUUGGUUUUUUACUGGUGCCGAUGCCAUUCGUGUUGGCGAUGACUUGUCUCGUUUCGCUCUGCAAUACUCGUACUUCCAUUCCCCUAUUUUCGGUGCUCACGGCUCUUUCCUGCUCAACAAUGGCGCUGUAGAAAACUCUGUUACUUGGGAUCUUGGCUCGCUAACUGAAGAUUAUCAGUUUGCCGUGAGUGCCCACAGAAGUGGAUUCAAGUGCAGCAAGGUGCCUGGCAUCAUUCGUGAACAGUCACCCGUUGAUUUUAUUGGCUUUCUUAAGCAGCGUCGUCGAUGGUUUGUUGGUAUUCGUCGUCUUCCAUAUAUACUUCCCAAAAUAUGGGCCUUUUUCUGGGGCAUCGGUACCCUUUCACUUUUUUGUACACUCGCUGCUCUUGUUCUAGGUUUUAUUGUCAAACAAGGUACCCCUCGUUGGUUUGGAUUUGUCAAAGAUUUUUCUUUUGUUACAUUCACCUAUCUAUACCAAAUUGGUAUUUUGGUUCAGAAUGUAGAUCGUAAACUCAAUCCAAUCUUAAUUAUCUUGUGUAUUCCUUUGGCACUUAUCUUACAAUAUGCCGCUUGUGUUAUGGAGGCAAUGGCUGUUGUAUAUGCUGUUAUUUGCCCUCCACUCGACUUUGAUGUCAUUAAGAAAUAACACUUUCAGUUUUUCUAUUCGGUUUAU